AUGGUGCUGUGUUCUAUGGUGGUGUUUUUGAAUGAAGUAAUACUAACUGCUUCUCAGGUAUGUUACCUCUAUAUGUUCAUCUACUUACAUCUUAAUGAAGGGCGAUAGUAUUAUACGUAGUACACGGGCUUUGUCAAACAAAUUACUGUAUCAUAUACUAUAAGUACUGUACUAGUAUAAUAGUAAUUGUACUACAGAUAGUGCGGUACUAAUCGUACUAAAAAUACUAUAAGUACAGUACGAUAGGUACUGCUCUGAACAUCUUGCAGUUUUCAUUGUAUAUGGUAGUAAAACAACCGUACUAUCAGUACUUAAGUAACAAGUUACAGUACUGUCAAUCUCUCAGUAUUAUCAGCAUCUCAGUACCAAGUUACAGUAAUCUUUUCAGUUAUUCUUCCAACGAAACAUAUUCGAAAUGGUAUUAACUAUGCGGGUGAUAAUACCCUUUAUAUUCGACAUUCAUAGUCUUAUGCCUGGGUUGAUAAUCGUAUGUACUGUACCACAACUACGACAAAUCACAUUUGGAGGAAUCUUUGAUGCCGGUGACAAUACGAAAACAAUAUUUGUUUCUACUGUUUCUUUGAAACAAUAA